UAGGGGUCGCUAGAUUACACGCUUUAGCCUGGAGUUGCCUCGUGACGUCAUCAGCGUGCGCCGGUACAGCUGUCGCUUCCAUGUGUCUGGCAGGGCAUGAUUAGAGCCCAGUCAGCAAGGUGGCUAGUGGCACUGGGCAAUAGGUUUGUAGCCGCUGUCAUGUCGGAAGGGUCGCUUAAAAGAAAAGAGCCCAAUGGCGAGCCUGGGGAGGGUGCAGGGAAGCGGAGGCACAAGAAGCGGAAGGCCGCGGGAGAUGGGGACCGGCAUGUGCCGCCUCCGGUAAAGCGGAAAGUAGGGGUGAGCUUCGGGGACGAGCACUUCAGAGAGACGGAGACCUACUUGGAGAACGGGCUGCGCAAGGUCCGCCCUUACUACUUUGAUUUCGAGACCUACUGCAAAGGCCGAUGGGUAGGGAAGAGUCUGCUGGAGGUGUUCGGCAAGGAGUUCCGGGCGGAGCCGCUGGAGUAUUAUGAGCAGGCGGCCCAGGCUGGCAGGCUCAGGCUUAACGAGGAGACAGUCCGGGAUCUGAAUGUUGUGCUCAAGAAUAACGAUUUCCUUAGGAACACUGUGCAUCGCCAUGAGCCUCCCGUUACGGCUGAGCCGCUGCGUAUCCUAGCAGAGAACGAUGAGAUGGUUGUCAUAGAUAAGCCUUCUUCCCUGCCUGUCCACCCAUGUGGCCGCUUCCGACACAACACGGUCAUAUUCAUCUUGGGCAAGGAGUACAAUUUGAAGGGGCUGCACACUAUUCAUAGGCUGGACCGCAUGACCUCUGGGGUGCUCAUGUUUGCCAAGACCUUAGAAGUGUCUAAGAAGAUUGAUGAGCAAGUGCGCCAGCGUCAGCUAGAGAAGGAGUAUGUGUGCAGAGUAUGUGGCGAAUUUCCUAAAGAAGAGGUGACCUGUGAGGAGCCCAUAUUUGUUGUCUCCUACAAGAUUGGGGUGUGCCGUGUGGAUCCCAAAGGGAAACCUUGCAAAACUGUCUUCCAGAGGCUCAGCUACAAUGGCAAGUCUAGCGUGGUAAAGUGCUUCCCUUACACUGGGCGCACUCACCAGAUCCGAGUCCAUUUGCAGUACCUGGGACAUCCCAUUGUCAAUGAUCCAAUAUACAACACGGAAGCCUGGGGACCUAACAGAGGAAAAGGGGGCGAAAUCAACAGGACAGAUGAGGAUCUUCUCCGGGCCCUGGUAGAUGUGCACAAAUCUAAACAAAGCCUGGACAUUCUUGAUAUUUCAGAAGAGGAUCUUCAGCCCAUCAUGGAAAAUGCUGGCUUAAAGUCCUCCACAGAACCUGUACAGAAGGAGGCCAGUGAGCCAGCAGAUCCCCAACCAAAGGACGAGGCACAGGAAUGCAAAUUAACUGAAAAUGUGACAAACUCUUCUCAGGACACUGAUAGCAGUGCUGCAUGCAGAAUUACAGAGGAGUCCAGCCAAGGCUCCAGGGACUCUCUGUGUGGCGAGUGUAGGAUUGUAAGGGCAGAUCCUUCACCCAAAGACCUGGUUAUGUACCUUCAUGCUUUACGUUAUAAGGGAGCAGAAUUUGAUUUUUCAUCUGACAUGCCAGACUGGGCACAAGAAAAUUGUCAAGAGAACUGAAAGCACAACAUGGACUAGGGUGGUGUUCAUGCCAGAUGGAUGAUUUUAUUGUCUUUUCUUUUUUUCUUUUAUUUUUUUAUAUCAUCACUGGAAGUGACCUUUAACUUCCCCUUUUUUAUUCAAGUGAAUGUACUAAAUUAAAUUCGGUUAGAAAUGUUAUAAAUGCAAAGAAAGAAACCAAAUGAAUUGUGUUCUGGUGCUUGAAUAAAGGCCGAGUAACCUCAGUCUAAUAAACAUUUAUCCAUAAUGUACACUUGGGGAACUGCACCCAUCUAUCUGGAUGCAUUUGCUCUAAACCUAUUGGUGCAAAAAAGUCAAAAAGCAACAGACAAUCUUGUUCUCUGUACAGUAGAAGUCUCUGAGCAAACUUACUGUACGUAAAGCGAGUCUUGCUCAUUAAAGCUUACAGUGUAAAAUGAUAA